AGGCUUCCUCUGGAAAUGGUUGAGGUUCACCACAGCAAUUGGCAAGUUUGGCUUUUUCCAUCAAAAUUUGGUGUCUUCAUGUGCUGUCCAGCAUCUACAGCAAGUCAGAUGGAACUUAGGAAGGCAAGGGAGCCUAGUAAUAAACGUGUCAAACCUCUUUCCAGAGUCACGUCACUAGCAAACCUCAUCCCGCCCGUGAAGGCCACACCGUUAAAGCGCUUCAGCCAAACCCUGCAGCGUUCCAUCAGCUUCCGCAGCGAGAGCCGUCCUGACAUCCUCGCCCCCCGACCCUGGUCCAGAAAUGCUGCCCCCUCAAGCACGAAGCGGAGAGACAGCAAGCUGUGGAGUGAGACCUUCGAUGUGUGCGUCAAUCAGAUGCUUCCGUCCAAGGAAAUCAAACGUCAGGAGGCAAUCUUUGAGCUUUCCCAAGGAGAAGAAGACUUGAUAGAGGACUUGAAAUUGGCAAAAAAGGUAAAUUUGAAUCCAGUAGUCAUUUGGGUCACCUCCUUUUUUUUUUUUUUUUUCUCUUAUGAGUAAUUUCACAAUUCUAAGAUCGUGAAUGUUGGCCAGGCCUGGAGACCGUUAGCUCCACACUCCAACCUUGUUUUGAUGUUCCUUUCCUAGCUGCCUUGUCUCAGCUCCUAUGACAGCUACUGCAGCAAUCAAGUCGCCGCCAAAGCUCUGCUGGACCACAAAAAACAAGACCACCGAGUCCAGGAUUUCCUACAGCGAUGUUUAGAAUCCCCCUUUAGCCGCAAGCUAGAUCUCUGGAAUUUUCUUGAUAUUCCAAGGAGCCGUCUAGUGAAAUACCCUCUGCUUCUUCGAGAAAUCUUGAGGCACACACCAAAUGAUAAUCCAGAUCAGCAACACCUGGAAGAAGCUAUAAACAUCAUUCAGGGAAUUGUGGCAGAAAUCAACACCAAGACUGGGGAAUCUGAGUGCCGCUAUUACAAAGAGCGGCUUCUUUACUUGGAAGAAGGCCAGAAAGACUCUCUAAUCGACAACUCGAGAGUGCUGUGCUGUCAUGGAGAACUGAAGAACAAUCGAGGGGUGAAACUGCAUGUUUUCCUGUUCCAAGAAGUGCUUGUGAUCACUCGAGCUGUCACCCACAAUGAGCAGCUCUGCUAUCAGUUGUACCGGCAGCCGAUCCCCGUAAAGGACCUUCUGCUGGAAGACCUGCAGGAUGGAGAAGUGAGGCUGGGCGGCUCCCUGCGCGGGGCAUUUAGCAACAAUGAGAGAAUUAAAAACUUCUUCAGAGUAAGUUUCAAAAACGGUUCCCAAAGUCAGACCCACUCACUACAAGCCAAUGACACCUUCAACAAACAGCAGUGGCUCAACUGCAUUCGUCAAGCCAAAGAAACGGUUCUGUGUGCUGCUGGGCAGGCCGGGGUGCUGGACUCCGAGGGACCAUUCCUAAAUCCUGCCACUGGGAGCCGGGAGCCACAGGGAGAAACAAAACUUGAGCAGAUGGACCAAUCGGACAGUGAGUCAGACUGUAGUAUGGACACGAGCGAGGUCAGCCUCGACUGUGAGCGCAUGGAACAGACAGACUCUUCCUGUGGGAACAGCAGGUACAUCGAAAGCAACGUCUGACAGAGCCGUGCGUCUUACUGUACAGUGUUUGCAUUCCACACACGGGACGGUUUGGAGAAGCACUUUUUAAUACUUUUGUGACCGUGUGGACCCCGUCUCUUGUAUCUUGUAUCUUUAUCCCUAGUACUGUAACUGCCAAUCUGUCCGUGUAAGCUGGGGUCUGUGGCAACUCUUACCCUGUAUUGCAUUUCACAAGUGUCUGGAGGGAUGGAGAGGUACUUGAACAAGUUACUUUCACUUGUCCUGCUGGAUUUUAAAAAAUAGAAAAGAAUCUCUAAACUACUGUUUCAUGUAGAUUGCUUAAAGAGAAUCCUCCCUUGUUUCUCUAAUGCUUUUCUAGCUCUUUGACAUGAUAGCUGAAGGCAUGGAAUUUACAGGGCCUGGCAAACAGGGCAUGAGGAAGUCACUCGUGUAUUGUGAUGGUAUGUGCAGGAAAACGGGAAAAGAUCAGUCCUUGCAGUGAACUUGGUUCAAUGUUGUCCAACCAGAAAGCAUGAACACAUCCCUGGGGAUACUGGACACUUAAUUGUGCAAAGGAAGAAGCACUGUGUUGACCUUGCAGUGUCAUCAAGUGCAAAUUUGAUGCAAUAAUCUAUUAGGACGUGGAACAGUGUCUGACCUUGAAAGGACCAGCAUGAAAGCAGCCGCCAGCUCUGAAUCUUGACCUGAAAUGCAUUUGCACCGGGGCGGUGGGGGGUACCUGUCAUAGUUGCUGGCUUGCCUUAGAGAGCCAUUUCUAGCCUAAGACACCAGAAUAGAACUCAAAAGUCCUGGGGGAAUACUCAGCAGGCUAAUAAGAAGGCCCAUCAUCAUUUUGUUUCAUGUGCCAAGGCCUGCUCAUAUUUUGGAGCAUUGAGGAAGAGGCCGCAGGUGAGUCAGUGACUCUGUUUACAGAAACAUGUGAGAGGAAGAGUUUGGAAGAAGUGCUUCAUCAUGACCUUAGGCGGGAAACAUUAAGAGAAAAACAAGGUCCAGUGCCCUUCUGGGAAAGGCCAGAGCCUUGGGUUUUCCUGCUCUGCUUUUGGGUCAACACUUCGCCGUCUCUGGCUCUGUACUAUGAUCAGAGUCAUAAUUACAUUCUCCUUAGGCCAAUUUUAAUUAACUCUAUGAUUAAUUAGGGUCAGUUAGCCAAACUAGUAACCUCUUUGUCUAGCCUUGAUUUACAAUGCAGAGUGGACUGCCGACCUUUAAAAAAAGUUAACUGAAUACACAGAAAAGCUCCCUGUGAGUGUAAAUAUUAAGGAUGACCUGUGCAAAAUUAUUCCCACACCAGCACUAGUAGUAAUGAUUCUAAAUUAUUGCCAAAAAGGUUUUUUUUAAUCUUCUGUGUCUUUCAAGUUUACAGAGAGCAGUAAAUGCUAUGUUAUCAUUUUAUUAUGUACAUCUAACGUGCAUUCAAAGAAGCUGUGUGACAAGAUGUAUCAAUAUAAAAGCAAGGUAAUAUUACUUAUUUUUCAAAAAUGAAAAAAUAUUGUGGUCAAUUUUACCCUGUAAAACAUAUUUCUGUAUUUAUAGAUUUUAAACAUGGUGAAUUUUUUUUUCUAUUAUGAGUUUAUUUAAAAUUGCUUUGUUUCUCAAAUUGUUAUUGAUUUAGCAAGUGAGUGAACUGCUGCAGAUAGAAGCAGACAUAAGCUGAGAACCGAUGUUUGAUGGUGGAGGAAAGAGUGAAUCAUUCUCUGCAGGAGCCAUCGGCCACUUUGGUCAGUGUGUUGAAACAAGAGGUCCAUUAAGUGCUGGCCUAUGGGAAGAAAGUGAAUGUUUUACUGAAAUGAAUGUUUUUGUAUAAUGGCCUUAAAUUUUUCUGGAAGCAUUUCAAAUAAAUUACAUUAAAAUGUCACCUUCUUUGUGUACAGUAUGUGCCCAACAAAUGUCAAAUUUCAGCUGUCUUCCUGGGAGGUUCUUUCUGGAAUUUUUGCUUGUUGUGCCCAAAUACCAACUCUAAAAUAGGGUGCAGGUUGAAAUAAAUGCUUCAAUUUGAUCUAUCA